AUGCGGGGCUUGAUUUUUAUUGACUAUAUUUCUGCUGUCAAAAGUGUGAUGAGGCAUUUAAUAAGCGUGGGAAAGUUUUGGUCCAAGUUCUCUGACACAGGCAGCAGAAAAGAACAUGUCAAAAUCACAAGUGAGUCCAAACCAGGGUUCCUGGAACGUCUCAGCGAAACUUCUGGAGGCAUGUUGAUCGGACUUGUGACAUUUUUUCUGUCUUUCUACCUUCUUUUUACCAAUGAAGGACGAGCUUUAAGGACAGCCAAAUCUCUUGAUGAGGGACUUUCUCUUGUGAUCCCUCUUGACAGCAUCCACAGUGUGUCUCAUCAGAAUGAAGGGAGGUUGGUGCACCUGGCUGGCGCUCUGAGUACAUCUAAGCCUUUGUUUGAUCCCAGCUAUGGGCUCUCCAUCCAGGCUGUCAAGCUUAAACGUAACGUUGAAAUGUACCAGUGGGUAGAAUAUGAAGAUUCCACGGAGUAUGAAGAGAAUGGUGAGAUUAAGAAAGAGACGAAGUAUUCAUACAACACCGAAUGGAAAUCAGAAGUUGUGAACAGCAGAAACUUUGAUCGAGAAAUUGGACACAAAAACCCUAGUGCCAUGGCUGUGGAGUCUUUCACUGCUGUUUCUCCUAACGUCCAGGUUGGCAGCUUUGUUCUUUCCAAGGGUCUUGUGGAUAAAAUUGAUGACUUCAAGCAGUUGAGCUUGUCAAACCUGGAGGAUCCACAUGCUGAUGUUACCCGAGGAGGAGAUUACUUUUACCACAGCGAGAACCCCAGGCGUCCAGAAGUGGGAGACCUUCGUGUCUCAUUCUUCUAUGCAGGUCUGAGUGGAGAUGACCCCCAUUUGGGCUCUGCUGAUAAGGUGACUGUGAUUGCUCGGCAGCAAGGCGAUCAGCUAGUUCCGUAUCACACCAAGUCUGGAGAUGCUCUGCAGAUUCUCUACCCUGGGGACCUCUCUGUGGAGGAAGUGUUUCAGAAAGAGCAUGAGAGUAACACUGUAAAGACCUGGGCCCUCCGCGCAGCAGGCUGGCUGGCAAUGUUUGUAGGCAUCAGCUUAAUGACCCAAAUCUUUUACACUCUGGUGGACUGGUUUCCUGUUGUCAGAGAUCUGGUUAACAUCGGAUUGAAAGCAUUUGCCUUCUGCGUAGCCAGUUCGCUGUCGCUCUUGACCAUCUCCAUCGGCUGGCUCUUCUACCGCCCUCUCUGGGCUUUGCUGAUCGGGUUGCUCUCUGUAGUUCCAAUUGUGGUCGCGAGAUCUCGUGUUCCGCCGAAGAAGCAGCAGUGA